AUGGACAGCGGGAUGUGGGGUACCUGCGUCCUCUGCUUGCUGAGCCAGUUGGGAGUCGCACUGGGCUAUGGGCCUCCAGAAUGUGACUUCAUUGCCCAGCUGAGGGAAGACGAGCAUGCUUGUGUGCAGAAGGCAGAGGAGACAUCCAACACCUCCCUGAUCUGCCCUGUGACAUGGGAUGGUCUGCUGUGCUGGCCUACAGCGAGCUCUGGCGAGUGGGUGACGCUCCCCUGCCCAGAUUUCUUCUCUCAGUUCAGCUCGGAGCCAGGAGCAGUGAAGCGGGAUUGUACAGUCCAAGGCUGGUCGGAGCCCUUCCCACCCUACCCUGUGGCCUGCCCGGUGCCCUUGGAGCUCCUGGUGGAGGAGAAGUCUUACUUCUCCACAGUGAAGGUCAUCUAUACUGCGGGCCACAGCGUUUCCAUCGUCGCCCUCUGUCUGGCCAUUGCCAUCCUGCUUGCUCUCAGGAGGCUCCACUGUCCCCGGAACUACAUCCACACCCAGCUGUUUGCCACCUUCAUCCUCAAGGCGUGUGCUGUGUUCCUGAAGGAUGCCGCCCUCUUCGGUGACAGUGACACCUCGGACCACUGUGGCUUCUCCACUGUCCUGUGUAAGGUUUCAGUGGCUGCCUCCCACUUUGCUACCAUGACCAACUUCAGCUGGCUGUUGGCAGAAGCUGUCUAUUUGAGUUUCCUCUUGGCCUCCACUUCCCCGGGCUCUAGAUCAGCCUUCUGGUGGCUGGUCCUGGCAGGCUGGGGGUUCCCCAUGCUCUGCACGGGCACCUGGGUGAUCUGCAAGAUGGCCUUUGAGGAUGCCGCGUGCUGGGACUUGGAUGACAGCUCCCCCUACUGGUGGAUCAUCAAAGGGCCCAUCGUGCUCUCCGUGGGGGUGAACUUCGGGCUGUUUCUCAAUAUUAUUCGCAUCCUGCUGAGAAAGCUGGAGCCAGCCCAGGGGGCUCUCCACACCAAGUCUCAGUGCUGGAGACUCUCCAGGUCCACACUUCUCCUCAUUCCACUGUUUGGGAUUCACUACAUCAUCUUCAACUUCCUGCCGGAUAGUGUUGGCCUAGGUGUCCGCCUCCCCCUCGAGCUUGGACUGGGCUCCUUCCAGGGUUUCAUUGUUGCUGUCCUGUACUGCUUCCUCAACCAAGAGGUGAGAAAUGAGAUCUUGCGGAAGUGGCAUGGUCAUGACCCUGAACUUCUGCCGGCUCGGAGGACCUGUGCCAAGUGGGCGAUGCCUUCUGGCUCGGGGAUGAAAGUGUUGACAUCUGUGUGCUAGACUGAUGCAUCAUGCACCAGGACAGGCACAC